UGGGCGGCAUUGGCUGUCCUCAUCAGCACGUUCGAAUCCGGCGGGGCCGCCACGCGACUGCUGUUCGCUCAACCUCUGGCUGGUGGAGGAGGUUCCGACAGCGUCCGUAAAUAUAGCACUCAGAAUAUUAGCGAUCAUGCGUUGAAAGAUGAGCCUAUACGACCAAAUGCUAGCCAUGGACGCCAAGCCAGGCGGCGACGCGUCGUACUGUGCGCGCGUGUUCUUCCAGCGCCAUCUAAGGGCGGCUGAGGACCACGAGGCGCUGUUCAAUGUGAUUGGCCGAGACUUCUAUGUGCGCCUGCCGUGCUACAGCCGGGCAUUCCCAGGCAAGGAUCUGGGAGGCACAGAGUUCCGACUCAGAAAACGCCCCUUGGCGGUGGACUUCGAUACAGUCACAACCAUAGAGAGCCCGCGGUGGAACGCGUUUGACGCGGAGCUCACAGCGGCCUGGCAGGGCUUCAUGGAAGCUUCCCUGGACCACCGCACCAAGGCCACCGACCCGCACGCUUAUCGCGAGCGCAUCCAGGACCACGUCCUCAGCAUCGCCUACUACUGGUAGGGCUGCCUGCCUGUGCUCUAGA